AUGUCUUCACCAACUGGUAUCAAAACCUACAACUCAGCGCCCGUAAAUUCCAACCUGGAAGAGGGCACACACACAACAACCUCACAGCCCGAACCCGCCACCGUAAUCGAGUCACUAGCAAACGCACCCUCCCAACCUCCACAAGCACCCGCAACAACAACAGCAACAGCAACAGCUCCCUCAAACCCUCCAAUCUACACAACCGCCGAUCCUGAACCCUCAGCACCACCACCCCAACCAGGCGCCACACCAGUACAGCCCACCCCAACAGCAACAGCACCAACCGUCCCCGAAGCACAACCACCAACAACCACCUUCCCAGAACAAGCAACGUCCACAAUAAAAACCCCACCCCCACCUCAACCAGGCGCCCUCCCAUCCGCACCACCAGAAGCAGCAACAACACCCACAUUCCACCCUCAACCCCCCAAACCCGACGACCCCAUCUAUACACCGCCACCCCCACCAGCCCAGCAAACAAACCAAAGCUACACACAAUCUUACUCCUACAAUGCACCCACCGUAGGUCCGCAGACGGCAGUGCCGAACUCAACCUCCUCGCCAUACUCGUCUGUCUACCAGACGAACGCGGGCUCGCACGCUCGUCCACAGACUCUGCCGUUGCACCACGGUGCCGGGGCUGGGUCUGGGGGUGGGGCGAGUAGUAUCUUCCCUGAAGAGGAGGAGGGGUUUUUGGGAGCGGCGAAGGGGUGGAUGAAGUGGUCUGGGAAUAAGUUGGCGGAGGUUGAGAAGGGGGUUUGGAAGAAGAUUAAUGACGUUCAUGAGUAA